AUGCGUCCUGCCCUAGGCGAUCAGAGCAGCGCCGGUAACUUGAGCUCAGUCGGGGGUCCUCCUCUGGCUUCGGCUGAGGCAAGCCUCGGUCGCUGGGGCCUGACGGCGGUGGCCUGCUGCCUGGGGCUCAUCCUGCUCCUCGGCUGCCUUAAUAACCUGCUGGUGGUGCUGAUCUUCGCCAAGUUCCGGGCCAUCCGCACGCCCAUCAACCUGAUCCUGCUCAACAUCAGCCUCAGCGACCUCCUGGUGUGCAUCUUCGGGACCCCGCUCAGCUUCGCAGCCAGUGUGAGCGGCCGCUGGCUCCUGGGUCACGCCGGCUGCGAGUGGUACGGCUUCGCAAACUCCCUCCUGGGCAUUGUUUCCCUGGUCUCACUCUCCAUCCUCUCCUACGAACGUUAUGUGACUGUCCUGCAAAGACACACCAAGGCGAACGUGUCCAGCUACCACAAGUCCUGGCUUUGCAUAGCUGCUUCCUGGAUCUACUCCUUGAUCUGGACCCUGCCGCCUUUCUUUGGCUGGAGCAGCUACGGCCCCGAAGGGCCCGGUCUGACCUGCUCCGUCAUGUGGCACCGCAGGACUCCCAACAAUGUAUCGUACAUCAUCUGCCUCUUUGUCUUUUGCCUUCUCUUCCCUCUCCUGACAAUGAUGUAUUGCUAUGGGAGAAUCCUGCAAGCUGUCAGGCUGCAGGUUUCUAGGUUUCACCUGACAUCGGUUCAGAAAAGAGAACAUCACAUCCUGUUUAUGGUGGUGGCCAUGGUUACCUGUUACCUCCUCUGCUGGAUGCCAUAUGGGAUAGUCUCUCUGACGGCAACAUUUGGCAAGCCUGGAAUGAUCACACCAGCAGUGAGCAUCAUUCCAUCUAUUUUGGCAAAAGCCAGCACAUGUGUUAACCCCAUCCUUUAUGUGCUUCUGAACAAACAGUUUCAUGAGUGUUUCAUCACCCUUGUGAAAUGUAGGCCUCCACCUCUGCACAUGGAAACCACUUUUGAGUUAAAAAAUGAGCCGAGAUUCUCAGACAACAGGCAGAGCAGAAGAAAUCCACUUGCUUCAAAAGCAGAACAGUGA